GAAAGGCAAAGAAGAAGAAGAUCGCAAAACUAGUUACAGCCGCUCCGAUGCUCGGUGUCCGCCAUUUAAUUUGAUCAUAUUUAGCUUUACUGUAAUGGUUGGAUUUUGAGGUCAUGAAGACGAAUUAACCAUCAGUUCGACCCGUCCACUCUCUGACGCCAGCGCGAGACACUCCGCAGCUGAUGAUGGCGACGGACAGACGCGACGAAAAAGAUGGGGAAGUGAACGUGCUAGAAGAUAUUCUGACUGAAGUUCCCGACCAUGAUGACGAUCUUUACAAUCCUGAAACUGAGCGACAUUUCACCGACAAAAAAGGAACCAAAAGAAAGAGUGACCAUUCGGACCACUUGGAUUUUAAAAGGCUACGUCAAUCUCUGGGCCAUGUGCCUUCCAGGUCUUCUUCUCACAAGAGAGGGUCAUGUGCACCCAUCUCAUCAUCUAAAAAAGCCCCAUCCAGCCCCCGUGGGCGCCACUCGUCCAGCUACAGGUCAGAGUACUACGAGGACCGCCGAGGCCGCCGUGUAACACGGGAGACUGGAAGAACCCGAGAGGUGAACCGCCACAGAGAAUCCCACCGAUCCCUAAGCCAGAAAGCACGGCGUGGUGAUAGACUGAAUAGCACCUCCCCCCAAAGAGGUCAGAACCAAUCAGAAGAAGAACCAGCGCCCGAGUAUGACUCGGAGGCUGCAUCUGGAAGCUCCUCUCCUGCAUCCCAUGUAGAAGAAGAGGAGGAUGACCAGGGAGAAGAUGAGGAUGAAGAAGAAGAGGGAAUGGAAGAAGAGGAAGAAGAAGAAGAGGAAGAAGAGGAGGAGGAAGAGGAGGAGGAUGGUGAGAAAGAAGAGGAAGAUGAAGAGGAAGAUGAAGAAGAGGACUAUCAAAGGCGCACUGAGGGGAAUGACUAUGACACCCGGAGUGAGGCAGGAGAUUCUCGCUCGGCCUCCUCUGUGAGUUUUUCUGACGAUGGUGACUCUGUCCACUCUGGCUCGGCCUCCGAUGCCUCAGGUUCUGAGAAGAAGCAAGAGAAGCUUUCGUCAUCUGUGGGAGCUGUUCGCAAAGGCAUGGAAAAUCCAGCCAGUACACUACGCUACAUACUGAGAGACGCCCGUUUCUUCCUUAUUAAGAGCAACAACCAUGAGAACGUGUCGCUGGCUAAAGCAAAGGGUGUGUGGUCAACGCUGCCUGUCAAUGAGAAGAAGUUGAAUGCUGCUUUCCGCUCAGCCCGGAGUGUCGUCCUUGUGUUCUCCGUCAGAGAAAGUGGAAAAUUUCAAGGGUUUGCACGUCUGUCCUCAGAAUCUCAUCAUGGUGGAUCUCCAAUCCAUUGGGUUCUUCCCGCUGGAAUGAACGCCAAAAUGUUGGGAGGUGUUUUCAAGAUCGACUGGCUGUGCAGACGAGAGCUUCCAUUCAUCAAAACCGCUCAUCUGUCGAACCCUUGGAACGAGCACAAGCCAGUGAAGAUCGGGAGAGACGGCCAGGAAAUCCAGCCUGACAUCGGCGCUCAACUUUGUUCCCUGUUUCCUCUGGAUGAAAACGUGGACGUAUACCAAGUGUCACGAAGCAUUCACCACAAACGUCGGACCCCUGUUCAGAUGAGGCCCCGAGGCCGCCCCCCACAGCGAGAGCCGGGAAGGCGUCGGCCUGAGGAGUUUGACGUCCACGGCAGAAAGCGCCCGCGACCAGACGGCCCCCCAGAUUUUAAUCAGCGAUCAGGAUUCAUUCAGGACCUGCGGAACCAGCCGGUGGACAGACGCUUCUCCAGCAUUAGGCGGGACGUUUUCCUCAAUGGGUCCUAUAACGACUUCCUGCGGGACUACCACCACAGCGUGGGACCCCCUGGUCACUGGCAGACUCACUCACUGGCAGGGUACCCUGGUGUGGAACAGCCGCCGGCUCAUCACCCGCCAUACUAUAAUCACAGUCAUCCGCCGACUCCUCAUCAGACCUUUCACCACCAUCCUCAGCCGCUCCACGAGGCCCCUCCUCCUCGCUUCAGGGACAAGCAGCGAGCACCGCCCCCCCACCGGGCCUUUGCUUCCACGCCGCAUGACUAUGACAUGCGGGUGGACGACUUCCUGCGACGGACCCAGGCGGUGGUGAGCAGCCGGCGGGAGCGGGAGCGACAGAGGGAGCGGGACAGAGGUGUGCCGCGGCGUGAUCGGGGGAGGGAAAGGGAGCGAGAGCGAGACAAGGAGAGGGGACGCUACCGUCGAUAAGAAUGUGAUGUAGUUUCUCGUCGUUUGCCCGAGCGACUUUAUGUUGAAUAUGCUUUUUUUUGUUUUUUAAUCACAGCCGGAUGUCACCAGGAGAUAUGUGUUCCUUUUACUGUGAAAUGUUUAAAAUGCUCAUUUAAUUUGAAAAUACUGACAACAUGUGCAACUGGAUGAAACUUGUUACUUUUUUGUACAAAAUAAAAGCCUGAAACCAUUGGUUGCCAUGACAAUUGCCA